AUGGUCUUCCGAUACAAGUGCUGCUCCUCCUGCGCCCCCACCGUCCGCUACUACCUGCAGAAGGCAUGGGGUAGCCGCUUCGUGUACGAGCAAAGCCACGGUGCGAUGACCACGUUCGAGGUCAACAUUCCCGACCCCGGGUCCGCCUCGGAGGGCUCCCUUAUCCGCAUGUGCUUCAAGGUCUUGAAGUCCGACGUCGCGCCGCACGGGAUCCUCCGCUUGAGCCGCAGCUCACCUUCUGGAAACUACAGGUGCAAGUACGCCUAG